AUGAAUAGACAAAAUGGAAGGGUGUAUUUGACCAACAAGAGGAUAAUAUAUCUAGACAACGAAGAUUCUAAACAAUCCAUAGCUAUUGAAUUGAAAAAUGUGUCUCGUGGGGAGGUUGUCGAACGAUUUUUGAGAUCGUCGCCUAAGGUGAAGCUAUAUUUAAAAGAACAGACAGAUGUGCAGCAAUCUUCGAGAAAACGCAAAGAUAGUAAAGGGGAUAAAGCAACAGCUGAUUGGGUGUGUAUUAUAUGCUCGUUUAAUAAUCAAAUACUGAUUGACACGAAUUUGGACGAUGAUCUCCCAAAAUGUGGUUCUUGUGGAAUCAAACCGUCGAGAGACCAGCUUGUGAAUUCCAUAGAACAAAAACGUACCGAGACCUUGACCAAUGGUAAUGAGCAUCAGGAUUCGAUUCCAAAUAAAAAAUCAUCCCAGCUGUCUUUACGUGAUGACCAAUGUCCAAAAUGUACGUUUAUCAACCAUCCAGCCUUGAAGUAUUGUGAGUUGUGUGGAAGCGAGUUAAAUUCAUCACUAUUUAAGAAGUUAAAAGAGAGACUCAACAUCACGGAUAAUGUAGCGAUAAUACCUGAAGAUACAAACCCAAUGAAUAUCUUGCUAGAAAAUGAUUCUGAAGAAUACACAAAUAAUAAACCAUAUGUCAAGUUAAGUUUCCGAAAAAAUGGUGAAACCCAAUUUUAUCAAAUACUAACAGAUGCACUAGAUAAAAUGAAGUGGGAAAACCUUGUUAACAAAGGCUCGAUUAAUGAGAAUGGAAUUAAGGUGAACGACUAUUCGCCAACGCCACCUCCUCAGAAACAAAUAAGGGGAGGUGGAAUCCAUGGAUUGGAACAAAUCGGAGAGCAACAACGGAAACAGAACGAAUUAGUUUUAUCUACUUCAUUAGAGGACCUAGAACAAUUAAUGUACAAAGCUCAAGAUUUAAUUAAAUUAUCAAGCUCAUUCGGUAAAUUAAUUAAAACAACACCUCAGAAUAUAAACACGAUUAUACCACCGUUGAGUAUCAAAAAAUCAUCUAAUUUAUAUCAUCAAGAAUUGGCAAGACACAUUAGUGAGUAUCUCACUAACUUCCAGUUGACUAAAAGCUCAGCAAUGAUAACUUCCCAGGAUCUUUAUGCUUAUUAUAACCGCUAUCUCGUAUCUACACAAGGCUUUGGUACAGAUUUGAUCUCCCAUGCCGAUUUUAAUAGGUCCCUUGAGCUAUUUGAUAGCCUAAAAUUGCCUAUUGCAUUAAAAAAAUACGAGAAAUCCGGUUUGAUAGUUAUUUGUUACAAGAGGACUAACGAUUACAGCGAAUUUAUCACCAAUUUCUUACGCUCACAAGAGCGACUGUUCAUACACGACAAAGUGAAGAACGAAAUUCUAAUGGGUCUUGAUGAACAGGAGACCGACGAAGAUGGGUACAUUGAAGAAAAUUAUAACUUUUUUAAGGGUAAUACUAUUCCUGAGAUUUGCGAUGAUCUUGGGUGGUCGUAUAGUAUUACGAUCGAAGAGAUCGAAAAAUGUAUCGAAUCGGGCCUAGUUGUGAUCGACCAGAACAUCCUGGGGACCUUCUAUUUCAUAAAUCAUUUUAUAGACGAUGAAUCUAGCGCUACCGAGAUAAACGAAGCAUUGGUUAGUCAGAUAAGACAAGACGUGCUUCUGGAGCAAAAGGAUAUAACUGAAAAUUUAAAACAACAAUACUACCUUGAAAGAGAUCAGAACUUGAUAAACUUCAAGCCUGAAAUCAAUUACGAUGAUUCAGUAAGUCCUGGUUCAACCGCAACUCCUACAUCUAGUGCAAAUGCAACGCCAGUUCCAAUUUCAGAUGUUACUAGUUAUUCUCUAAACGACUUACAAGGUUUGAAUUUUACUUAG